GAGAAUUCUUCAAAAAUUUGAUGCAAUAGUCGCUAAAAUUAGAAAAAAAAGUGCCAACAGUAAGUAUGUUAGCUCAAAUAUUCUUUUUUAAACUAUAUCAAUCAACAGUUCGCACAAUUGAAUCUUGGAUUGUGGCGAUGGAUAUGCUCCAAGAGCUAUUCGGGAAUCAGAAGUUUUUCGAUUUUUCGAUGGGGGAGGAGAGGUGGAAACUUAUGAUGACCUAUAUGGAACAGGUGUUAGCCGGUAGAGCAGGUGAAAUACCCGUAAGACUCGGCGACCGAUUCGCCUUUGCUAAAGCUAUAUCUGCCAAGAUAUCCUUUCGUUCCUUGGUGAGUACGUUUGUAAUCCUUACGUUCAAAAAACUUUUUAUUGCUUUUCAGAGAAAACAAAAUCGGUCAGAACGAAUGGCCCAAUCUUUGGAUGUUCCCGGUCCGUCAAGUGAACUGGAUUUAUCUCCGAUGGUCGAUCUUAUUAAUGAUGAUGAUGAUGGUGAUCAACAAAUGGCCAAUAUUACUGAUGGUGAUCAACAAAUGGCCAAUAUUACUGAUGGUGAUCAACAAAUGGCCAAUAUUACUGAUGGUGAUCAACAAAUGGCCAAUCUUACUGAUGAUAAUCAACAAAUGGUCAAUCUUAUUGAUGGUGAUGACGAUGAUGACGAUGAUGAUGACGAUGAUGACGCUAAUGAUGGUUCAACAACUAUCCGAUUUCAAAUUGAUGAUGAUGAUGAAGAUGAUGAUGAUAUUAACUUCGAUGAUGAUGAUGAUGAUGAUGAUGAUACUGAAGUAAAUCGAAGCGGUGAAUCAAGCCGAUUUUUCGAAACCGUCGAACGAUUGGCUCCCGAAGAUCGGGAACGAUUUAUGAGCUCCGCCAGGCAACUGGUCCAGCGGCGAGUAAAGGGAACAAAAAUCGAUGAUAUUUUUGGAAUAUCAAUUGCCAUGGCCGACCAUCCUGAUGAUCGACAUCUAAAUGAUUUGCGAAUCCAGUUCUCUAAAUCCAUGUUCCUGCAGCGGAAAUUCAUUCGUAUGAACAGCGGAUUCAUAUCGCCAAAGGAAUGCAAAGCUGUUUCUUCUGAAGAUUCUAGCCAACAUCCGUUUUAUUAUUCAUCGGUUUCCGAGAUAAUAAAAAUCCAUUUUGUGAAUGAGCAACUCAUUACCAAUGUGACGACCGAACGGUCGGAGGAUGUGUCACAGUAUGUCCGCGAAAGCGACAUGAAAUCACAAAAUAUUCGCUUUGUAUAUGGAUGUGGAUAA